AAUGGAGAAGCCCGAGUCUUUCCCAUGGGACAUGGGAGUCUUCGACGCGCAUUGCCAUCCCACAGACACAAUGUCCAGCAUCGCAAGCAUCCCGUCCAUGAGAGCACGCUGCCUAACAGUAAUGGCAACACGACAUCAAGACCAAACGCUCGUCGCGCAGACCGCCAAAACCCACGGCGUCAAGUCUGCGGAUCCAAACUCGUGGGCGAAGGAAGAAUGCGUGGUACCGUGUUUCGGAUGGCAUCCGUGGUUCGCGCACAUGAUGUACAUUGACGACGAAGACAACGACGACAAUGAAGGUAUAGAGAACACCUCGCCUCAGUCUGCGGAGCACGACCUAGAUGGAUCUACUAAACAACACUCUUCCACAACCACAUCCAACAGCAACGAUGAAAGAUUGAAUAAAGCGUCUCCUGAACCCCUCGAAGGAGCCCAGAAAUUGGCACACUACACAUCCAUCCUACACCCGACCCUAACCCCGCAAAAUUCCUCUUCCUCUCUCCUAUCCCUUCUCCCCUCCCCUUAUUCUUUCUCAUCCUAUCUCUCGCAAACCCGCCAACACCUCCUCGCGCACCCCUACGCGCUCGUCGGCGAAAUCGGGCUAGACAGAUCCUACCGCAUCCCAGAGCCCUGGCCAUCCAACAGCAUUGCCAACGACGGAUCCAGAGGAGCGAGAGAAGAAAAAGAGGGAGAGGAGUCGCUAACGCCCGGCGGCCGCGAAGGGCGCCGCCUAACCCCAUUCCGCUGCUCCCCAGCACACCAGAAACGCAUUUUCCGCAAACAACUACAACUCGCCGCGGAACUGGGGAGGGGGGUCAGCGUGCACGGGGUGCAGGCGCAUGGACUUGUGUAUGAGGUGCUGAGCUCGCUGUGGGAAGGGCGCGAGAAGGUUGUUUUGAGUAAGCGCGAGGCGAGAAGGAGGGAGAAACAGCAAGCGUUGGACAGAAACGAUCAUAACGAUGAAGAGGAAGAGGAAGAAGAGAGAUCAAAGGGAGAUGAAGAAGAAGAAGGGGGAAAAGGAGCAGAUGUGCCCUACCCCCCACGCAUCUGUCUACACUCGUACUCGGCGCCCCUCCCCCACCUGAAAUCAACAUACUUCUCCCCCACCAUCCCCGCGGACAUCUUUCUCUCUUUCUCCUCGGCAAUCAACCUCUCUUCCGUACCCUUCGAACCCUCUACCUCUCCUUCUUACGCGGGCAACAUGGAAGACACACCGCAAGCCUUCAUCACCAUGAUCCGCGCCAUCCCCUCGCACAUGCUGCUCGUGGAAUCGGACCUGCAUACCGCGGGAGCGGAGAUGGAUCAGAGGCUGGAGGAUAUUGUUAGGAGGGUGUGUUGGUGUAAAGGGUGGGGGUUGAGGGAAGGGGUGGAGGUGUUGAGAGGGAAUUGGGGGAGGUUUGUUUUUGGGGACGAGUGGGAGAGGAGGGGUACGAGAGAAGAUUAA